AUGUCCGCCGAUGCCUUGACAGCUGAGACUUUCACUGAAUAUGGAAUUGGCAUGCUCUUCCUCUUAGUCCGGCUAUAUGCCCGACUAAAUAUAGGAGGCCUUCGCGGGCUCCAGCUGGAUGAUGUUUUUGCUGUUGCUGGCAUGCUAUUUUGGACCACGAUGACUGCUAUCAUCUAUCUGCUGGGGGUGUAUGGAAACAACAUCGGACUAGACGAGCAAACAGCUAUGCUUGUCCCAGACAGCAAAAUAUCUGAUAUGAUCCUCGGAUCGAAGCUGGCUUUCAUGAACUGGAUAUGGUACAUCUGCUAUAUUUGGUGUCUAAAGGGUGUUCUUCUAUGUCUUUACUGGAAACUCACACACGGAACCUGGCACCGUCACCUAGUUACAGCAACUGCAGCAUUUUGCCUGAUUACCUGGUUGAUUUGCCUCUUGACGCAUAUCUGUAUCUGCAGGCCAGUUGAGCGAAAUUGGCAGAUCAAACCCUACGCAGGAGACAGCUGCACUCUCCGCGGACCUCUUUACAUUGUCAUCGCCGUUUUCAACGUAAUAUCCGACACCUGCAUACUCCUCAUCCCAAUCCCAAUCCUUGCCAAACUUCAAAUCCCAAUCGAACGCAAAAUAAUCCUGGUUGUGAUGUUCUCCUCCGGGGUCUUCAUUAUGAUCUGCACGAUUCUACGCGCCUACUACUCACUCUCGUCGAUCACAAACCUCGGCACAGCACUCGGUUGGGCAGACCGCGAAUGCUUCGUCGCAGCCAUCGUCGUCUCCCUACCCGGCAUCAAACCGCUCUUCCGCAACACGCGCUGGCUGGGCUCGACGAACCGCAAGAACUCUAAGAGCCAUUACUACAACAGUGAUGCGUGCAAUGGAACUUCCGGGAAGACGAAGACGUUUGUUUCGUCGCGGUCUCGGAAGAGUGGCGGGUUUGAGCUGGACAGUGUCCUGAAUGCAGAUAAGGCGAGACGCGCUUCCGGGGCGGGGAGUGAGGAGUAUAUUCUUGAGGGAAAUCAGGGCGUGGGGGUUAGUGAUGGACAGCAUGACCCCAUAGCUAUUCGGGUUACGACGGAGUAUACCCUUAAGCAUGAACAGGGGAGUUCUUAA